AAAGAAGGGUCCCUAAAGAUUCUAUCACACACCACUGGUUCUACUUCUAGUUGCAGACCCCAAAGAUUCUAUCCCUUUUUCAUACCCAUCAAAAUCUUGAAAUUAUCCACAUAAUUAAACCCUAAAAUCCUUCAAAAUAUGACCAGUUCUUUGUGUUUUGCUCCUCUUUCUUCCUUCAAGCCCCCAAGCAAGCCAGGAUUAAUUAGCGGAAACCCUAAUUCUCCAAAGGUUAUUUGGGUGACGAAUCAAAAUUUGAAAUUUGAAAGAUUUCAAGGUUUGGAAGCUAAGAUUCUCCUCAUGGUUUUGCAGGCUACUGAUGGCACAAAAAGCGGCACCAAGAUAAAUAGCAUAGUGUGUGCCGAUUGUGAUGGAAAUGGUGCUAUACAAUGUACACAUUGCAAAGGGAAUGGAGUCAACUCUCAAGAUCACUUCAAUGGACAAUUUAAGGCUGGUGGUUUGUGUUGGCUCUGCAGGGGUAAGAAGGAGAUCCUUUGUGGUGGCUGCAAUGGAGCCGGUUUUAGGGGCGGGUUCAUGAGCUCCUUCGAAGAGUAAAUAGUGUGUCUCCUUAUCCUCGUUAUAGAGUUUCAAGAAACAAAAUCUUUUGUUGUUUUAAUCAUUUGAAUCGUCCACAAUGUACUCAUUAAAACAGUUUUGUUCCAUAUGAAUGCUUUUGGUUUCUUGAUUUUGACGGUUUCAGCCAAAGAAACCAUAUUCUGCU